ACUUACGAUGCAGGAACCAUUCAAGUGACAUUUGUUUCAUGCCGGAAGAUGAAUGAUGUUGCUCCGUCCUUCACUACAAGCGUACCGGCUUUUGUUUGAGAUGUUGUCUGAUAUGAGCGCAUGCAAGAGACUGAGGAUGGAGCCAUCUUGAGGUCCUAACUCUGGAGGGUCUGAACAGCUGAGUCUCAAACAUGUUGUCAGAACUUGUUGCUGCUGCCUGCCACUCUCUGAAGUGGACAUUGCCUCACUGGAAAGCCACUCUUCACAGAACGUAUUGCCCGUCAAAACCCAGACAAUGGCUACUGGGAACUGUGGUUAAAAGAAGGGCUCAUAGAUGGACUACAGCACCAUCAUUAAGGAUAAACCAAAAGCCAGCGUUUGCCAGAGCUCUAGCGUUUGGAGAUAAGCUUGCUAUUAUAGACAGCAGUGGCAGCCACAGCUAUAAGCAGCUGUAUUGCAGCAGCUUAGGUCUUGCAGGUAGAAUCAGUACCACGCUGAACUCUGACUUUGGGGGUCUGGAAGGAAAACGAAUUUCCUUCCUGUGUUCUAAUGAUGCUUCCUAUACAGUGGCACAGUGGGCGGUUUGGAUGAGUGGUGGGACAGCAGUGCCACUCUACAGAAAACACCCUCAAUCUGAACUGGAGUAUGUCAUCUCUGACUCCCAGAGUUCGCUGCUGGUGGCAGGUCAUCCCUAUGCUGAAACCCUCGAGCUGCUGGCAAAGAGGCUGGGGCUGCCAUGCCUGACACUGCCCCCUACUUCUAACCUGGGCACUUUAGAUGGGGCAGACACCGAAGAGAAGGAGACAGCAAUGACAGACUGGGCUGAUCGACCAGCUAUGAUAAUCUACACCAGUGGUACCACAGGGAGACCCAAGGGAGUUCUACAUACGCACAGCAGCAUCCAAGCCAUGGUCCAGUGUCUGGUUUCAGAGUGGGCAUGGUCCAGAGACGAUGUCAUCCUCCACAACUUGCCGCUCCACCAUGUGCAUGGCAUCGUUAACAAGCUGCUGUGCCCGCUCUGGGUGGGCGCCACCUGUGUCAUGCUGCCUGACUUCCAGCCUCAGAAGGUGUGGGAGAUGCUGUUGAGCUCCAAGGCUCCCCUGGUUAAUGUGUUCAUGGCUGUGCCAACUAUCUACUCUAAGCUCAUCCAGUACUAUGAUCAGCACUUCACACAGCCUCAUGUCAAGGACUUUGUCAAAGCAGUCUGCAAAGAGAGGAUCAGAGUGAUGGUUUCGGGCUCGGCUGCUCUUCCUCUUCCCACUCUGCAGCGCUGGGAGGAGAUUACAGGACACACACUGCUGGAACGCUACGGCAUGACCGAGAUCGGCAUGGCACUGUCCAACCCUCUCAAGGGCCAACGCAUCCCAGGCGCUGUAGGGUUGCCGCUUCCUAGUGUGGAAGUUCGGAUUGUUAUGAAUAACACAACCAACACCACAAUUGUGGAGGGAAACCACAGAGAGACUCAGGUUCGUCCAGGUCUGGAGGGGAAAGAAGGGGAGCUCCUAGUUCGAGGUCCGUCUGUCUUUAAGGAGUACUGGAACAAACCUCGAGAGACCAGAGAGUCUUUUAGUGAUGACGGCUGGUUCAAAACAGGAGACACAGCAGUCUAUAAAGACGGUGUGUAUUGGAUCAUGGGCCGCAGCAGUGUUGACAUCAUCAAGAGUGGUGGCUACAAGAUCAGUGCACUCGAGGUGGAGCGUCACCUACUCGCUCAUCCAGACAUCAUAGAUGUGGCUGUGAUUGGGGCCCCUGAUGCCACUUGGGGUCAGAAAGUCACUGCAGUGGUGCAGCUGAAGAAGGGGCAGAGUAUGACCCUUCCACAGUUGAAGACCUGGGCAAGGGAGCACAUGGCGCCCUACACCAUCCCCACAGGCCUGGUGCUGGUGGAGGAGGUGCCAAGGAAUCAGAUGGGCAAGGUCAACAAGAAGGACCUCCUGCGACACUUCUGCUCAUGACUGGACCACUUCGAUAUGUAUGACAACAUACAGGUUCCUGGUUAAAGAACUGCAGGUGUACAUCACUACCUGCCCCAUCUGGUCCAUAGAUCAGACAAAUGUCACAGACAAGUGUACAGAGGAAAUGCAAAGUAAUGGAUAAACACCUCAUGGAAAAUGACUUGACUCUGAGGUAAUUUAAUCACAACUACAAACACUGCUACAAAGGUAAUUCUAUUACAUUGAUUGACAAUUAUACUAAGCAUUGUUUAUCAGUUAUUGUGUAGAGAGGUCUGGAAAUCAUCACUUUGAUAUGUACUUUUUUCUGAGACAAUAUGAAACAAAGCUCCAUCAAGAGGACAAAAAAUGUGUGCCCAAAUUGCCUCUGAAUUUAUCAAGAAAAAGUCCAAAUUAUCUGAAGUGGCAUUAAACUAACCAACAUGGAUGUGACAGACAUACAAUAUGUAAGAAGUUGUCAAGUACAGUUAAUUCAUAUGCAACCUAAUAUGACCCACUUUUGUAGGGUUUGCAAUUGUAGCAGUGUCCCAGGUCCAUGCUACUUACUGUAUGAAUUCUAAGCAGGUUUAGAUUGACAUGACAUGACAAAAGUAAGUAUGCUCAAAACAGUCAGUAUGCAGACUAAAAUUUUUGAGUGUGUUGUUAAUGGACACUAUUGUCCCACAGUGAAAUGUACAAAGGAAAUGGAGGAGCUGCUCACAGCUGCAAGAAAAUAUGAAUAAAUUGCAGAUGGUAGUGAGACAACAAAAAAUAAGUAUAAAAUCUUUGGAAAAAACAUUUUGCUUUCUCUUUGUGAAUUUCAUUUUACUGUGGCCCUUUUGAUGCAGUUUGUUGAUUUUGUGUAUGCUAACUGCAAACACAGUGAAGAUUAAUAUAUAGUACAUACCUUAUACAAUUAGUAUGUAGUAUAGAACUGGGACAAAACAUGUGAGAUAGUUACUUCAAAGUCAAUAGCCUUUAUGAAUUGUCUGCACCCAGCAGAACUGUGGGUUGCCCUGUUCAAUCUGCCUUAAAAAGAUGGGAACAGCUAGUUUAGUCUGCUUUGGCUCCUGAUGAAUAAUUGUACGUACCAUGAACAGGUUGUUCAAUUGUUCCAAUAAAAGUACUUAAACACAGCGGUACCUAUUGUUAAAGAGUGCUUUGAGUACUCUUUUUGGUAUAUUAAGAUGUUUUAUUGGUGAAAAUGGUGUGAUCAGAGAAUGCAGAAUGAUUAUUUUAGUGGUAGAGCGGUGUGAUCAGAAUCAAGAAUCAUGAUUAAUUAUACCCAAACAAAAUAAAAGACAAUGUGGUGUUAGAACAGGAGACAUGAUGAACUUGCGAUCAGUGAGAAAACACUGUUAAUAUUCAGUUCUUACGAUUGAACACACACUGAUGCACUUGAAAUAACAGAUAAUGUUUAUCUGAAAAUUCAAAAGUUUUAUAAAAUUUUAAUUAAAAAGUGUUUUGGAGUUUUAA